AUCCGUUGGAGGACAACGGUAACCCAGAUAAUCGAUUGUCAACAAGUGAUAAUCGAUUAUUGGUCCUCUCUGAAGAUUCUGGGUUUUGGCUGCAAAGGCUGAUAAUCGAUUAUUGCAAAGCUGAUAAUCGAUUAUUGCGUGCUUCAGAACUUGGAAGUUCAAAGCUGCAAUGGCUGAUAGUCGAUUGUCACUAAGGGCUGACAUCGGGCUUGGACGUUCCGGCCCGACCCAGAGCUCCACUCGUCCUGCUGCCCGGCUCUACGCUCCGCUCGUCCCUCCUGCUCGGCUCAGAGCUCCACUUGUCCUGCUGCCCGGCUCUGCGCUCCGCUCGUCCUCCUGCUCGGCUCAGAGCUCCACUCGUCCUCCUGCUCGGCUCAGAGCUCCACUCGUCCUGCUGCCCGGCUCUGCGCUCCGCUCGUCCCUCCUGCUCGGCUCGGCCAGCCAAGCCGAGCCCGAACCCUGCGACAACGACGUGCGGAAAGCGACGUUCAACAAAGACUUGGUGAAAGCGAUAGGAUGAAAGGGACAAGACCUAAGGACAGGUGACGUCCGCUAAACGACGAGCCUCGAUUAGAGGGCUUUGACUUAGUGAACUGUACCGCCUAUAAAAGGGGUGGCACCCCUCAUUGUAAUGGAUCCCCAGUUUGAAAUAAAUCUACUCCUACUUU